UAGCUUAAAGUGGAAAACAUGGCCAUCUACUGAUUAGUUUUUGCAGUAGGAAACUUUAAUUUUUUUUUAAUCUUUCUCCCAUACUGAGAUUGUAUGUGGCAGGGGUUGUCCCUUGACUAAUGCAAGUCAUUUCAUUGGAUUUUGAUUACAAGUGAUCAUGUGAUUUUUCCAUGUAAAGUUUUGGGGUUUAGAACUUUGCUUCCGGAGAAUGCCUUUUGCAAACACUUUUCAGUAGCUGCUUGGUGUGAACUGCUUAGUCAUCAGUGGACAUUUAAAAUAUUCAAAAUGUAUAGAGAGUGCGCAAUGGUGAAUGUUCUCAUGAUGUCCUACGUGUACCUGGUGCAGGGCUUCAAUAGUGAACAUGGACCAGUGAAGGAUUUUUCUUUUGAACGAUCAUCCCAGUCAAUGUUGGAACGAUCUGAACAACAGAUCAGAGCUGCUUCUAGUUUGGAGGAGCUACUGCAAAUCGCACACUCUGAGGACUGGAAGCUGUGGAGAUGCCGGCUGAAGCUCAAAGGUCUUGCCAGCAUGGACUCUCGAUCAACAUCCCAUCGCUCCACUAGAUUUGCAGCAACUUUUUAUGACACUGAAACACUGAGAGUUAUAGAUGAGGAAUGGCAGAGAACCCAGUGUAUCCCUAGAGAGACAUGCGUAGAAGUCGCCAGUGAGCUGGGAAAGACAACCAACACAUUCUUCAAGCCCCCCUGUGUGAAUGUGUUCCGGUGUGGAGGCUGCUGCAAUGAAGAGAGUGUGAUGUGUAUGAACACAAGCACCUCCUACAUCUCCAAACAGCUUUUUGAGAUAUCAGUACCUCUGACAUCAGUGCCUGAGUUAGUGCCUGUGAAAAUUGCCAACCAUACAGGCUGUAAGUGCUUGCCUACGGCCCCCCGCCAUCCCUACUCAAUUAUCAGAAGAUCCAUUCAGAUCCCAGAAGAAGACCAAUGUUCCCAUUCCAAGAAACUCUGUCCUAUUGACAUGCUGUGGGAUAACACCAAAUGUACAUGUGUUUUACAAGACGAGAAUCCACUCCCUGGAACAGAAGAUCACUCUUACCUCCAGGAAGCAGCUUUCUGUGGACCACACAUGAAGUUUGAUGAGGAGCGUUGUGAGUGUGUCUGUAAAACAUCAUGUCCUGGAGAUCUCAUUCAGCACCCAGAAAACUGCAGUUGCUUUGAAUGCAAAGAAAGUCUGGAGAGCUGCUGCCAGAAGCACAAGAUUUUUCACCCAGACACCUGCAGCUGUGAGGACAGAUGUCCUUUUCACACCAGAACAUGUGCAAAUAGACAGCCAGUCUAUGGAAAGCACUGCCGCUUUCCAAAGGAGAGAAGGGGCCAGGGGCUUCACAGUCAAGAAAGUCCUUGAUUCAACUUUCUCUCAAGUUCCCCUUCCCUGUCAUUUUAAACAGUGUGCUGCUUUGUCAAGUUGCUAUUACUGUUGCCCACCCCUCAGCUGUUUGAAAAAUUGAUCUUACCUAGUGAAUCCACAUUUCCACUCAAUAGCUGCUGGGUGAAUCCCUCGUUCACUGACAAUUACUUCUAGCUUCAGAUGCCUCUGCACAUCAGUUCUUAGAGAGGAAGGGGUCUGGGGAGCACAUUGUUGUGACGAAUGAGAAAGGGUUGCUUGCCAUGGAGCAGCAGGUGCCAUGUGAUUGAGUACUCAGACUGGCAAACUCCGAGUGCAAUGCUUAUGAAUUACGGAACUUCAUUUGUAUGAUCAGCACUGAUGUAAUUCUUGUUCAGCUUGUACUUUUCAAGUUUACUGAACCACUGCCUGAUGUUUCGUAUUUAAAUGUAUUUAAAGGAAAUAAACAUCAUUAUUCAAGCCAUAGAA